AUGGCCGGAGGUUUCUACUCUGAGUUGAGCACCAAAACGGCUUUCAAUGGAGGGGAAAGGAAGGGGGAGGGGUACGUGCACGCGGCGGAGGUGAUUCGGGGCGAGGAGAUGAAUGGGGAGGCCGUAAAUGAAAUCGGCAGCGACGACGUUGAAGCAGGGAGGCGGGCGGACGGAGGAAGAAGAAGGAGAGCCAUCGGCUUCGAGGCUCGGCGCGCGGCUUUGGCUCGUGGCUUGGCGGGUCCACACGGCAGUGAGAGCGGGGCGCUGGCUCAGAACUCCAGCAGGCCGGCUCGGCCUGUGGGCCGGCACGGGGAAAGGGAGGUCGGCAGCCCACGUGGGAGGGAAGGAAAAGGGGAGGAGGGGGGGUUUGGGCCGAGGGAGAAGGAGGAUUUCGGCUCGAGAGCAUUUUCUUAA